AUGGCAAUGAGAGGUGAAGCUGCCAGAUGCGUAAAGGUUUUGGAUCCGAGCAAACAGUGCCUUCUUGCGAAGUGCCAAGAGGAUUGCUUUAAGCUUAAAGGAGACCAAGCAGGUCGUGGAAGAAUGGGUGGUGGAAGGAAGACCAAGCAAUAUACAUUGCCAGAGAAAUCAAAAACAUCAUGGUCACUGAACUGUAGCAUAAGUGCCAGAAAUCUUGGGAAGGCUGAGUUGGCUGGAGUUAUCUUCGGUUGCACAAACAAUACAAUGGAGGAAUGCAUUUCCAAACAGCUGUUUGGCCUACCAGCUUCUCAUAUCUCUUAUGUAAAGCAUAUUCGACCUGGUUUGCCACUUUUCUUGUUCAACUACAGUGACAGGAAGCUACAUGGUAUAUUUGAAGCUGCUAGUGAAGGGAAAAUGAACAUUAAUCCUUGUGGGUGGAGUGAAAAUGGUUCAGGUCGCACCCGAUUUCCAGCACAGGUAAGGGUCCGAAUUCAGAUGCAAUGCCAACCCCUGAUUGAAGAUAAAUUUGGUCAUGUAAUCAUCGAAAACUAUUAUGAAUCAAAUCACUUUUGGUUUGAAUUAGACCAGAGUCAGACAAGUAAGUUGAUUUCUAUGUUUACAACUUCACCAGUUUUUGCAAGCAAUGCCCUCAACGUUGAGAGAGUCAAUUUAAAUUUGAACCCUAACUCAUCUAUUGUGAGAAAUGGGGAUCAUUCUACUGUGCAUUCAAAGGCUCACAUUAGACAAAGUUCUUUCAAUACUCAUGGUUUGGAGGAGGAAAAUUGGUCACUGAACAUAUCAAACAAUGAAGAAGCACAUAGAGGGGGGCAAGCAGAAGAAAUUUGUCUCCAAUCUCAUGAUUUUGCUUGCAAAGACCAGAGUUUUUCCCUUCCUCAGAAAAAAUGGAAUGAACCAUUUGCAAAAUCAAUCACUACUGACAGUAUAUCGGCUCCUUCAUCUAGUAGUCUUGAUUUUGAUGGGAAAAGUAAUUCUUUGCAAGAUUUUGGAGGGGAAUCUGGACAAUUUUAUGAAGAAUUUGAUGCCAUGAAGCAGCACACGGAAACCCAGGGCUACUCUCUUGGAACAGACAAUGAUCCCUACUUUCCUCAAAAGGGUUCAAUGGAGAUCAUGUCUCCUAAGACUAAUACCUCAGAGGGGAAUAUUUCUUUGUUGGACAGAGCAGAGACAGGAAACUGUUCCUUGCCUGAAGAAGAGUUUGUUUCAGAUGUCAAUUCACAGUCUACUAUGAACAAGAUGCUAGAGGAAGUCCAUCAGUUGAAGCUCAAUCAAGUCAAACAGGAUCAGAAAAUUAGAUUGUUGGAGGAGGAGUUGGUUGAAUCAAGAAGGGUGAUAAAGAACUUGAACCAGCUAUUGGAAAUCUCAGAGCGUAGCUCACGUCAACAAACUGAUCUUGUUAAGGAAUCUGCGUCAAGUAUUGGUAAAUCAAUACUAAUAAUAGGAGGUUUUGAUGGGGUAUCCCACUUAUCAUGUUUAGAUUGUUAUUGUCCUUCUCGUGAUUCAUUGGAGUACCUUUGUCCAAUGAGUUCUAUGCGCUCAUAUACUUCUGCUGUCAAGUUGAAUGGUGAAGUUUAUGUUAUUGGGGGUGAAUGCUAUAAUUCGUGGUAUGAUACAGUUGAAUCGUACAAUUUGGAAAAGAACCAGUGGGUUACACGUCCUUCAAUGAAUCAAAAGAAAGGAAGUCUUGCUGGGAUAUAUUUGAAUGAGAAGAUUUUUGCAAUUGGUGGUAGCAAUGGAGUACAAUGUUUUUCUGAGGUUGAAGUAUUUGAUAUCAAUGUUGGAAUGUGGAUCCCCUCGAAAUCAAUGCAAGAUAAGAGAUUUUCCCUUGCUGCAGCAGAAAUCAAUGGUGCAAUAUAUGCUGUAGGUGGAUAUGAUGGAAAAGACUACUUGAAAUCACUGGAGAGAUAUGAUCUUCGGGAACCUUCAUGGAGAAGACUUGAGAGUAUGUCCACAAAGAGAAGCUGUCAUUCUUUGGCAGUCCUCAACGAAAAGCUAUAUGUCAUUGGUGGUUAUAAUGGCGAACAGAUGGUCUCAACAGUGGAGAUGUAUGACCCUCGUGUGAAUCACUGGACGAUGGUUGAAUCAAUGAAUAAUUCUAGGGGAUUUUCUUCAGCUGUUGUUAUUGGAAACUCAAUUUUUGCCAUGGGAGGUUUGGUUGAAAAUAAUGUUUCUAACAAGGUGGAAUAUUACACGGAGACUCAAGGCUGGCACUCUACUAAUCUUAAAGCUCUUGGCAAGCGAUGCUCCUUCUCUGCUGUAGUCCUGUGA